AUGAGCAUCCCUAGACCUAAUUAUGAGACAAUUGAGACCGACGUGGACGGCUAUACCCGUAUAAAAAACAUAUACAUACCCAUGCGCGAUGGGAUUGAGCUUUGCGCCGAUGUGUUUCUCCCUUUAACCGCAUCGAAAAAUGGAGAGAAGGUGCCUGUGAUUUGCAGCAUGGGUCCUUAUGGGAAAGACAACCAUGCCUCUACAUUUGGACUACCUCAAUCGCCUAUUUACGCAGAAAUGUAUAAGCAUAUCAAGCCGUUGGGCCCUGAUGCUUGCUUUGAAUUAUGUGAUCCAUCUAUCUGGUGUAAAGAGUACUGUUAUGCGUUGCUUCGUGUUGACAGUCGCGGCAUCGGUGGGAGUCAGGGGAAGCUUGACCCUUUCGGCUUGGAAAGAUCAGUGCAGAUCCAAGCAGAUGCAGAGGGACAAGAUCUCUACGAUAUCGUCGAAUGGGCUGCCAUUCAACCAUGGUCAUCCGGCAAGGUGGCAUACUCCGGAAUCAGUUAUUACGGAAUGGUAGGAUAUUGGGCCGCGAUGCAAAAGCCACCCCACCUAAGCUGCGUCGUAUCAUACGAGUCUGCAUGCGAUAUGUACCAAGCGUCAAGACGAGGCGGUAUCUACAGUGACAAUUUCCAAUCUCAUUGGUACCGGAAUCUAGUAAUUCCCUAUCAAGGAGGGAAGAAAGAAGGUCACAUAGGAGAAGCAGAGCUCUCAGCCAACAGGGUCGAUUUUCCAAAGUUGCUCGCAGAGACUGAGUAUCCCACUGACGGUGUCUGGGAACUUCUGAAAAGAGCUCGCAAUCUUUCCGAUAUUGAGGUCCCAUUCUAUCUUGCUGGAAACUGGACGGAUGCCGAACUCCAUUUACCUGGCAAUGUUCGGGCUUUCAACGCCCUCUCGUCAAAAUACAAGUGGCUUGAAAUGCAUACCGGGAACCAUUUAAGUGCGUUCUAUGAGCCGGCGCAUCUGGAAAUGCAGAGAAAGAUAACGGCAUGCUUGAUGUUCCCCGCAUUAGACUUCUUCAAACACCACGGCACAAAUACCCUUUAUCGUGAAAACGAAACAUCCUUUCCUCCAACUGAUGCGGAAUAUGUACCCUUUUACUUCACCCCAGAGAAAGUGAUCACCCCUAACAGACCAACCGGCCAAAAGACCUCCUUUACAUACAAAGGGUACAGCGAGAACCUUCACUUCUCCCUCAAAAACCCGUUCACUGAGUCCUUCGAGCUACUAGGCUCACCAUACCUAGAACUUGAGGUCAGCACGACAGCAAAAGACAUGGAUAUCUUCAUCUAUCUACGCGCAAUGAAUGCAGACGGCGAGAAUAUAAUUCUACACGGUAACCACGGCGAACCGAUGGACAAUUUUGCAAGAGGUUACUUCCGUCUUUCUCAUCGUGAUGAAGUCGCCAAAGGUUUCAAUGAAGAAAAGGUCAUUUCACAACCAGCUGUUGCCAAGUCAGAGGUCGUUCCGGGCCAGUUUUACUCUGUGCUUAUUCCUUUGUAUCCUGCUGCAUUUCUGUUUGAUCAGGGCCAGUCGCUCAGCAUUGAGAUUGGGUCUGUGGAUACCGCCAGUACUAUUGGACCUAUGCGACAUGAGGGCGGAGAUCGAGUAAAGGAGAGAUUUGCUGGGGAUAACGUCAUUAUUUCUCAUGGGAAGUUGGUUCUUCCUCGGGUGAGGCGGUGA